UUCACUGUCCAGUUUACUUCUUCCUCUGUCCUUCCAACUCACACAUACAUUCUGACCACUCAGUGAGUGACAUCCUGCGAUUUCCCUGCUUGCAUCCAGACUGUCAACCCAGCUCUUCGAGGACAUUGCAGCAAAUGCUGAGUUUACAGAGUGCACAGGAGUCUGGAACAAGUGAUCCUUUAGUACACAGAGAGGCUGAUUUUGUGAUUAUGUGGCCAGAUGAGUGCUCUGCCUGCUCUGUUUCUCCAGGAAAAUUUAGUUAUUAGGAAAAUUGACAUAUUGUUUCAGACUUUUUUGCAAUAGGUGCUAGGAACUGGUUUUUGUGCAUCCUUCCAGGAUAUUUUUUGGUGCAUUUUAAGCACUGUGCUUCUUUCUUGCCACUGACCAGCAGUCCUUGGGGUCAGUGGGAACCUCUCAGUUUCCUCUUGAGACUGAGAUGCUUUUUUCUCUGUCCUCUGUGUUGCAGGGAGGUAUGUGGCACAGCCCAGCCACCCACCUGGAGGUUGCAAAUUAAGUGGAAAACUUCCCCCUCCCCUUGCUCUACAUUUCACCCCUGUGGCUCGGUGAUGACAUCUCACAGGGCCCUUCCCCCUCUCUGGCAUUUAUGCCAAGCUUGGCAGAACUCAACUGCCCUUCCCAGGCUGAAUUUUGCACUCCAAAAUCUCAGUGGUUCUUCACAGCUUUUGGCAAAUCUUUUCGCAGAUGCUUAACUUUGCCUUGAUUUCUCCAUAGAGGAGAAACUGAGAUCUUCUUUCCCACAGCAAGAUACUUUGUUUUUCUGGGGUAUUCCCUCUUAUGUCAUGUAUCAAAAAUCUAUCCAAGAGUAUCUUCUGAUGUUUCCCCUCCUUGUAGUUGAGAUCUGUUCUGGUGAUGCAGGAAAGCGCUGAGAACCUUGUGAAGACUGAGACAAUGUUUUCAAAGCCUGGAGACUGUAAAAACCUAUUUUGAGCUAUAACAGAUGCUACUGGACAUAUGGAACAGCUGAGGGGACUUACACCAGGACUAUAAAUGUUCUGCAGAUCUUUAUGUCCCUGACUCAGUGGGUGGGUUUCCUAUAGGAACCAAAAGCUGGGGAGAAGUGGAUGUAAUGCAAAUCACUAAUGUUCAUUACUUUCCUGUGGAAAAUUUGCCACAGGGAAUUGGGAAUAGCAUAUCUUUGAUGGAAUAGGGCUCAUGGUAGCCAAAAAGGUAGCCUAAGCAACAGCCCUGAUGUGGAAGGAAGGUCACAUUGACCUGUGGCUAGCUUGAGACUAGGUGUUUUUACAGCUCUCUAUAUAAAUUUGAGAAUCCCAGGUCAGCAUGUAAACUCUUUCUUUGUUUAUUGGUAUAUUUUACUAUCUGCAAUACUUUUAGCAGUUUGGAUUCCGUGAAAACAGUUUCAUCUAGUCAAAAGUAAUCCCAUGGUCCCAUCUUCUUCACUUUUCUUCUUUGUCACCUGCUUCCUCUUCCUUCCAUACUGCUCCCUAGCAGUCAGGUUGCACUAUUUCACACUUCAUUUCCCAGCAAACUUUUUGUUCCUCUGCCAAUUUAUCCAUAAUUCUAAAGCAGCCCUUCUACCAGCAUCACUGGCCCAAGCACUGCAUGAGCCUUGGUAAAUGGGUGUUUGCAGGGACAUUUAAUAUUCCUCCCAUCUCUCCUGGUCCCAGCUUACAACCAGGUGCUGCACAACCAUUCUGUGUCCUUCUCCCAGCAGUCUUCCAGCAAAGGUGCUGCAUGAUGCACGUCCACACACAAGCUUUGCACGCUGCUUUGAAUGCAGGUACAUUGCUCACAGACCUCAUGCAGCACAAGCAGCUGGAGGGAGAUUAGCUUGCCUGUGUGCCAUGGGGCCUUUCUGUUCAUGCUCCAAUAUGUCUGGCUCAGCUAGCAGUCAAGCUGGACUCUAUUACUCAACUGUGUCCACUCCCAAGUCCAGUGUAGGGAAUUUUAUUUGCCCGAUUCACUAUUGGCUUGCUGGCAAAAUGUCAGAGCAUCACUUGUAUUCCCCUCUCCACUUCCUGCAGAAAAGAGAGUGGCACUGAUUCCUACAUGGACAUGCCAACUAGUUCUUCCUGAUGUCUUCUCUGGUGCCUCCUGCCAUGUUAUCCCCAAUAUGUGCUCCCAGCCUGUCAGAGAGGUGACACUGUCUGUGCCAACAUAUGGUGAUCCCUGCUCCCACUGCUGUUCCACAACUGAACAGUUCCAUAAGAGCAGCUCUACAACACCAGAGAUGCAUUGUAUGCCACAUAUCAAGGUGCAGAGCUCUGCAGUGUGUGUAGCCUUCUGCAGGAUUGCAUUGCAAGGCUUGACUUCUGUACCAGGACACUUCUAGUUUACCCCUUGCCCUGCUCUCCUCAGCUCUAGUUCAACCCAGUAUCCAGUGGCUGUCAAGUUUUUCCUGCUCCCAGUCCAUCUGUGCAAUGGUCCCCAUGAUUUCACUGGGCAUUCUGCAAAGCUGGAUGGUCUUAUAUCAUCACACAGCCCUGUGUAAGCUCUUGCUUGCUCUUCCCUCUGUUUCUGUGCAUGUAUUUUAUAUAUGAAGGCAGGAGGAACAAGCCAUAGAAUCAUAAAACAUUAAGGUUGGGAAAGAACUGAUAUCAUUGAUUCCAACCUUUGACCAAACACCAUUGAUUGUUUAAACUUAUUUCUCCUGUGUCCUAUUGCUUGAUUUCAGGGGACCUUAGAAAGGCCACAUUAAUUGCAUCUCAGAACUACGUCUGGUGAUAGUGUGCAAUCAAAUCUGUAUUUAGCCAAAGCAACCAAGUCAUCAGAACAUUUCAUUUGGCAACUCACCCCCACACUGGCUUCUUCCUAAAGACGAUUUUAAGAUACUGUGGGGAAAUCCCUGGCCUGGUGCAUUUUCAAGGAUUUUAUUUUGCUGUAUGUUGCAGAAAAAAAGGCUUUGAUAUUGGAAGUGUCUUCCUUGACAUCUUUCCUUGCUCACAAUAUACCUUUUUAGAUUUAGCAAUUAACUUUUCACCCCAUGGGGUGAGCAAGACUUGAGGUUCCAGCCACAAGUGGAGACUGAUAUUGAUGGAAGAAAGUAUGCCUUGAAUAUAGACCAUCCUGGACUCAUGAGCAGCGUUGUCAGGGGCAAGGUUGGAAAAGAAGGUGUUGAGAACAAGAGAUGGACCCUAAAAAGGAGAAAGAGACUGAGGGGCUGUGAGAGGAGGAAAAGAAGAGGGUGAACCCUUGGGAAGUGAAGACAGGGCAGAUUUCUUGGAGGGGGAGAUAAGAGGCUAUAGGCUGCCACCCAACUGCUGCAUUCAUAUCGGAGAGCCACAGUCCUCACCCCAGCUCUAUGCUGGAGUUGCAGCCAGUACAGACAGGAUCCUGCAGUCCUCACACACCAGAGUGGAGGGCAGAGGUCUCCAGUUUGCUGUGGUUUGACUCAGAGCCAGAAUUAGGACAGCAGUCUGACAGCCCAAAGCUGUGUUGCACUGUGUGACGCUUCAGCCUGGGUCAGUGUUAGUCUGAGCAUCUUUGAUGCAAGUUACUGCUCAAUGGAGACUGGUCCCAGGGCUCGCAGUAAUUUUGGCCAGAGUCUGCUCCAUGUAGGUACACAAAAAUAUUUUUUCAUGCUCUGUUAAUGGUCACUCUAGUGCUGGUUCAAAAUUAUUUGAAUUUACAUCCUGGAGCAGCUGAAUUGCUCCUGCACUUAAAUUAGCUGAAGGUCAGCAAUCUUGAAACCUCUUCCGUGUUACUCGCUCUUCCUCUCCUCCCCUUGGCACUCCUCCAGAGAAGGAGCAAAGUACACAUGCCUUCAUUGUGAAGGAAAUCCCGGGUGAUUUGGGGGAAGGGCGAUACUGCCUUCUUCUGUAGUGAUAGAGGGAGUGAUUUGCAAGUAAAAUAAGAAGGAAGGACAAGAAGAAAAGGAAUGUUAGAGUAAAACAAAAUGUUUCUUUUUACCCAGUCUCUUCACUCAAUUAUACCCCACCUCAAAAGGCACUAUAAUCUAAACGCAAGAAAAAGAAAGUGUUGUGUGUCUGCAGUGCUGCGUUGCCCUGUCAAGGAAAAGCCAGGAAGUUGCUUAGGUGGAGGAAGGUUUUUAGCCAGAGUAGGGUGAAACACCAGCCUUUCCUUUCCAUUCUUAAUGUGCUCGAGCUGCUGGCAGGCACAGCUGUGCUUCGGUGGGAGUGGGAAAAGCAGAGCUGUUGGAGAGAACUUGUUCAGGUUGUGUCCGUGCCAAGGAGUGUGUUUGAGCAGAGUCCCCUGGGGCAUGAACUGCUGAGCACCAGGCUCGGCCUGGCAGGAGCGAGUGGCAGAGGCAGGACUAGAUUCCAUGACACAGGAUUGGCACAUCAGCCUCGGCGGGUGAUACAUGCCUGGGGCAGAGGUAAAACUCCACACAGAGCUCUUACAGUCUGAGCUCUCUGUUGCUCAGACACAAACAGGGAUGGCAGGAGCCCAGGGGAAGGACAUGGGGGGUUUGCUCUGGUAGAGCAGCACAGCAGGGGGAGUUUGCUGAGUCAGCAGCUCCUCUGAGCUGGAAGAGAAAUUAUUCCUGCCCCCUGCCAGCACUUCAUGCAGAUCCAGAUUACAGUUCCCAGAACUAUCCCUAUGUUAGCAAGAAGGCAGCUGUCUGCCUAUUUUGCUGCAAGAAUGUAUGGCAAGUUAUGGGGCACUGAGUGGUGAGCCCGGAGUGAGCCUGUCCUGGAGGGAAUGCUGUGAAGUACAGCGCCGACGGGCUUAACCUGCCGGCUGCCAGGGAGCAGACUGUGCUUGCUGUCUCCGAGAGAGCUUGCAGACAAGAUCCAGGACUGGAAGCAGGCAGAGCACCAGCCGCAGGGCUGGGGUCGUGUGGUGCAGUGCCCUUCCUUACAGAGUCCUUAUUGCAGGAACAGCGGGCUGGGAAAACUACAGUUCCCAUCACCCUUUUGUGCACGUCCCUGCGAAACUACAGUUCCCAGAAGCUUUUAAUGAGCCAGACAGGAUGUCUAUGGAAAUAAAUGCCGACGAUUUUUGCAUAACACCCUGCACCUCCGGAGUGCUGAGUGGCCCGUGGUCUGUGAAAACGGGAACGGGGGAAAAGCCGGGGAGUGUCAGCGCUGUGGAGCUGUGGCUUGGCCCAUCCCAAUAGCCGCAGUGAUAACCUCCAGCACCGAGCAACCUUCCUCCUCUCAGGACUCCCUUGGUAGUCACAGGGGAGAUCCUGGCCCCCGGGAAACACGGCUGCUGCGGAGGGAGAGGCAGAUAAACUACAGAUCCCGGCAUUCCCCGACAGGCAGCACCUGCGGCAGUCCCUGCACGCCGUGGGGGAGGUGGGGGUGAGGAUGAGGAUGGAGGGCAGGGAGGAGAUGCAGGGCGCCGUGGGGCUGCGCUGCACCUGGGACAUCCCGCCACCCGCUGGCACCCAGGCCAAGUGGGUGAGGCUCAAUGUUGGGGGCACCGUCUUCCUCACCACCAGACAGACCCUGUGUCGGGAGCAGAAAUCUUUCCUGUGUCGCUUGUGCCAGGGCGAGGAGCUGCAGUCGGACCGGGAUGAAACUGGUGCAUACCUAAUAGAUCGGGACCCCACAUACUUUGGACCAAUUCUGAAUUUCCUCCGUCAUGGAAAGCUGGUCCUGGAUAAAGAUAUGGCUGAAGAGGGGAUCCUUGAAGAAGCUGAGUUCUAUAACAUUGGUCCUUUGAUCCGAAUAAUCAAGGAUCGAAUGGAGGAGAAGGACUACACAGUAACACAGUGUGCUCUGCAAUUUUGCUCUCAGGUGCCUCCUAAGCAUGUGUACCGUGUGCUGCAGUGCCAGGAAGAGGAGCUCACUCAGAUGGUUUCCACUAUGUCAGAUGGAUGGCGCUUUGAGCAGCUUGUGAACAUUGGCUCAUCCUAUAAUUAUGGGAAUGAGGAUCAGACAGAAUUCCUGUGUGUGGUCUCCAAGGAGUUGUACAACUCCCCCAAUGGCCUGAGCUCUGAGCCCAGCCACAAAGUCAAGAACACAGAGGAGGACCUGGAGGAGGAAGAGCAGGAGGUGGAGGAGGCAGAGGCAGAAGCAGAAGCAGAGGAGAAAGACUGUCCAUCUAUUCAGGAUUGUGCUAAACUCUCUUCCUGCGGACCCUCCCUCCUGCUCCCUUCCGUGUCCAUCCCAGCACUGUCAUCUACCUCCCACAUUGCCCCACUCGCCAGCCUCCAGCAUCCUUCCCUCUGCUCUCUUUGUCCCUCAGGGCUCAGAGUGGUCUCUGCCCAGGGCCCUGUCUCUCUCUGCUCCUCACUUUUCCUCCUCUGCAGGUAUGUUACCUGUCUGCACUCCCAGCUCCUGCCAGCCUGAGCUCUGCAUGAGUGACUCACUUCCCUCUUGUGGGUAUGGCCCUGGUUUGUAGAGCUUGGGGAGGGGAAGGAGGGAGGUGUGAGGUUGACUCAUCCCUAAGGUGGCUUUACAUAUUCCCAUCCUUUGCGUGCCUUUACCUGCCAAGCAGAUCCUAUGGCUGUGGACCAGAGGCUCUGGCAGCAGAAAGGAGAGUGCAGCUGGGAGAGGGGUGGAAAUGAAUGCAAAGCAGGCAGGGGUGGUUGGGAGAAGGGGUGGAAUUUUGCCACGUGUCUGCGUGACACGCAUGCCGGAUCACUUCUCCAGACUGCCGUCCGCAGCUCCUUUGCCUGCCAGCCCGGGCACUUUGCAGAAGGCAGCCUGUUAGCUUUCCUUCCCUGCUCUCACUUCCCUGGCCUUUCCCCCCACUAGCUCUGCCAGGGUGACAGCGCAGUGGGAACGGUGGCAAAGGCAGAGCAGAAGCAGCUGGACCCCAUUGCAGAUGUUCUCACAGCUGUGUGCAAAAUGAGCCUCUCUGCUCUGCCUCCUGCUUAGGAAGGCAGGCUGGUUGACAUGCUUGGGGCUGGGUAUGGAAAGUGUUAGAAAGAGGAUUCCUCUCCAUACUGCAAAACUGUGAGGCUCUUGUUAAACUGGAGAUGUUCAGUGUCAAUCUCCACGAGUCCUGAUGAAGGGCUCUUGUUAGCUGGCUGGCAUUUCUCUCUCCCUCUGUUUGAAAGCCUCCUUGUCUAUUGCUGUGGGACCUGAGUGUUAUUAUCUUAAGCCUCAGUGUAUGUUAAUUACAUAGAAUUUUUCUUCCUUCUAUUCUGUUUUCCCACCCUCAUUUAUUUUCCUUUUCUUCUGUUUGUGUUUCUUCUGUAAAUUCCCUUUUCUUGUUUUUCACACUCCCCUCCAUGCUCACUUGCUUUUUUUUUUCCUACCAUUGAUUGUAUUUCUCUUUCUCUCUCCUUCUCUAGCUGUUACAAGCCAGAGAUCUGAGGAUGUGAUCUGAACACUCCACUCCAGCCUGUUCUUUUCUUGUUUAUAUCUUUAUUUUUUUACUGCGGUGUAUAGCAGCCCCUUGUCCCACAGUGACACCCCCAGCCCCCUUCACUCUUCACAUGCAGCCAUGUUUUUUUUUUUAACAAACUCACCUCGGAGGCCUGAGCUUCCAGCCCUGGAGGAGGGCAGAUGCUCCAUGGAGCCCCUGAGCUGCUGUAGGAGCGGGAGCCCACGGCCCCCUCCUCUGCCUGGCAGUCUGGCUUUCUGUAAUGUCACAGUGGCCCCUGGUGGGGACAUCAGCGAUCAGCCUCUGCAGCCUGUGGUCCCUUCCUGAGCACCCUGGAUGCAAAAGGGGACCGAGGUGGUGGCAGCUGUGGAAAGACCAGCCCUUGCCCUUUCACUGUUGCAGGCAACUAGUGUGGGCUUGUGGCCUGGGGACAAAUGCAGAGCCACUGUCCUUUUCUGGGCCACCCGUAUCGCUCAGAGGUGUCCCUGUGCUGGGUAUCACAUUCCUUGGUGCCUCCCUCCCUGUCCCCCAAAGCAGCCCUGUGCCAGCAGUGUGAGAAGGAGAAUGGUGUGCUGCCUGGGUACCAAGAACAUGCUGGUACCUGGUAUUGUGUCAGCCAGCACCGAGCAGAUCCCAGUUUUGGGGAGCGGGGUGUUUGCUUCACUGCUGUGUCUGAAGAAUCCUGAAUAAAAUUCACAGUCUGUUCCUC